GAAAUGAUUCAGCUAAAGCAGUGAUUCGAAACUGCAAAGAAGCUACCUUUUUUAUGCCCAUAAGGUAUUCCAUUUCCAUUUUAGUUAAGUAGAGGUCGUGUUCAUCACACAAAAUGGCAUCAGCUGGUUUGCAGAUCCUUGGCAUGGCUCUGUCAGUGAUUGGUUGGAUUGGCGCUAUUGCAUGCUGUGCAUUACCCAUGUGGAAGGUCACUGCUUUCAUUGGCCAAAGCAUAGUGACUGCUCAGACAAUCUGGGAAGGCCUAAGGAUGAACUGUGUAGUACAGAGCACAGGACAGAUGCAAUGCAAGAUGUAUGAUUCUAUGUUAAAUUUGCCACAAGACCUUCAAGCAGCCCGUGCUCUGACCAUUGUGGUCAUUAUUUUAGCCAUCAUUGGAGUCUUUGUCGCCAUUGCUGGAGGGAACUGUAUCAACUGUGAGGAAGAUAAGAACACCAAGGCCAAGAUCUGCAUAGUGGCAGGGAUUAUCUUUGUCGUGUCUGGUGUACUUCUGCUUAUCCCAGUCUGCUGGACUGCAAAUGUUGUCAUCCACGAUUUCUACAACCAGUUAGUGCCUGCAGCCAAUAAGAGGGAGCUGGGAGCUUCACUCUUCAUUGGCUGGGCAGGUGCUGCACUGUUUCUGAUUGGAGGGGGCCUCCUGUGCUGUAAUUGCCCAAAAAAGGACAAGAAUUACUCAGCAAAAUACACUGCUAGCAAAGCAAGUCAACCAAACUAUGUGUAACCCAUGCCCUACUAUAUAUAGCUAAUCAGGAAUGGACUCUGGAAUAUUCACAAUUUCUUUGUGCCUUUAAACAUCUGAAAAAUGACAAUUGGAGCCACUGUUUGUGGCAGUGUUGUACCUCCUAAAGGU